CCUCCGUUGUUGCCCCUUUAAUCCCCGCCUGCCUGGGCCUCCCCCCCUCGCUCCUCCUCGCCGGCCUCCAGCGCCACCGAGGCAGACGCCGCUUGUGCCUCCCUUCCUGGCCAGUCGGGAAGGGCCUCGGGGCUCCCAUUUUGGGGGGGGGGGCUCCUCCUUUCCUCCGGGCAGGUGCUCCUCCCUUUGGGGCCACCCCUCAGCAGCCUUGCACCCCUCUCCAUCCUGUCAUCCCUCAGCAGCCUUGAACCCCUCGUCCUUUCGCCUCUCAUCAUAUUUGCUCUCCUCAGCAUCUUUGCCCCUUCAUCAUCCUUACUCCCCUCCUCCUCCCUGAACCCCUCAUCCUUGUGCCCUCUCCAUCCUUACUCCCCUUUUCCUACUUGCAUCCCUCAUACCCCUGAGCUUCCUUUGCCCCCUCUUCCUCCUUGCAGCCCCUCACCUGGGCCUCGGGCAGCCUCCUCCUCCUUUCCGCUCCCUGCCUCCCAGUCCCAUUGCCCCUUUAAUCCCCGCCUGCCCGGCCCUUUCCCUCCUCCUUCCUUCCUGCGGAGGCGAGGAGGGCCUGGGGGCUCCCAUUGAUAGGCCUCCUCCCCAUCCUCGGAGCCCCUCUCUCCAUCCCCUGAGAGAGAGAGAGCGAGAGCUGCAGCAUCCCUUGGGCCGGCGCCCUCUUCCUCCUGCGAUGUGAUCCCGGCCUCUUCCUGCUGCCGCUGCCUUGGGGCUGCUCCUUCCCUCCCUCCCUCCUUCCUCUCUCCCUCCCUGGGGACCCGGCCCAAGAGACGACGGAGCGGGCGGUGGAGCAUCGGUCCGCCAAGGGCCGCGCCCCCAUGAAGGAGAAGCCGGAGAAGCCGGAGCGGGAGGCGUCGGAGCGGGGCAAGCCGGCCACUUACACGGGGGACAAGAAGGCCCGCAUGGCGGCCAAGACCAACAAGAAGUGGGUCCGCCUGGCCACGGUCCUGGCCUACGUCCUCUCCGUCUCCUUGGCCGCCAUCGUCCUGGCCGUCUACUACAGCCUCAUCUGGCAGCCCGUCCGAGGGGCAGGAGGCGGCGGAGGCGGGGGGCCGGCCCCGCCAGGCCAUCCCCAGCCCCCGGGAGCCAGCCCUGCCCCGCCGACCCCGGGCCCCGGGCAGCCAGCCGCCCCCACGACGCCCCUCCCGGCUCCCUCUGGACCCCGGAAGCCCGGCGGCGGCGGCAGCAGCAGCGGCGCCCCCUCUUCGCCUUAAGGAGCCCCCCCCCGCCGGCGACUGUGUCUCGUCCCUUCCUUCCCGACUGGGGGCGCCCCAGAUCUCGGGGGUCUCCUUUGCUGCGAGGAGGCGGAGGCUGAGAGAGUGUGACUUUCCCGGGCCGAACGAGGACCUUUCCGUAAGGAUCCGGAGCCUGCUCUCCAAAGAGGGCCUUGCCGAUCCACUCCACAAAGGACCCUCUCCUUGGGCGCCGAUUUGGAAGGGAGCCGAGCCAUCGGAGGAGGAAGACUGCAAGGACUGCCUGGCCUCGUUGCGGACUCCGGAGCAGAGCCCCUUCCAGCUCCCGCCUGGCUUGCUUUCCUCCCCUUCUUGCCCUUUCCCCGAACUGGGCCAGAUGGGCCAGAAGUUGAGUUUGUUUCUCUUUUGGACCCAAAGCUCCUUAGGAAUCUUUUAAAACAAUCAAAACUAGUAUUGUUCAGGGGAGCCGGAGGAAUGGAGCCUCAGGUAUGUGCCAGCCUCUCCCAGACGGAGCCCCACGCAUUGGCAUCAUUAUUACUCCUUUGUGUAUAAAGGUGGAUAAAUCUGCCAUCCUUUGUAGACCAAUGCACUUAGUUUUAUCACCUGGAAAGGAACACAGACACAUUGAGGUGGGAUGAGGGGUGCAUCCACACGGCAGAGGUAAUCAGGUUUGGUAUCAAACCGGAUUAGCUCUGCUGUGCAGGUGCAGCCAGUGUCUCAAGGGCUAUUGGGGAAAGCUUGGCUUUGAAACCCACACGGACAAACUGAGGGCUUCCCAAAAGCCCCCGGUUUGACCUUAAAAACUUGAUCUCUUGGUUAGCACAUCUUUGGUUAAAAACAUUUCUGUAGAAAUAAAGAAAGUAUCCUCUAUGUACCCCCCUCGCUCCCAUGCCUGCAUUCUCUGAAGAUGCCAGCCACAGAUGCUGGCAAAACGUCAGGAAUAAACUCUUCUAGAACAUGGCCAUGUAGCCCCCAAAACCCCCACAAAAUACUAAAGAAAGAAUCAGUUCCCGAGGUUUAGGCCUCAUGGCUCUGCUUCAUUGGAGGUUUUUCUCUCCUUAUUUCCCCCAAACUGUACCACAUUUGACCCUCACUUCACCACUCUUUCUUUCUCAGCUGUGCCUAGAUCCUUCUGGCGCUGUCCAAUUUGAUCCCCAAGCCUUUAGAGAAAAAUCCUAGCUGCCUUUGGGUUUGUGGCCCAUUGCAUCCGGUCUGCUCCCACCUCCCCAGUGAAGGAAGGAUGGAAAUAGCUGGGGUCAUGUUGUGACAGAAAUAAAUUUGGUCUUUCAUCCCUUAUUGCAAAUGUAGAUGGUUAUGUGCAGUUCCAAAAGUAGUUUCAGCAUUGAAUCGAAGGAAAUGCAGUUAGCGUAGCCUUUGAGUGUCCUCCAGAGGUGAUGGGAAAUAGUUCUCAUCAUCCCACCAAGUGUGCCAUCUGGGGAUGAUGGGGGUUCUAGUUCAGCGCAUGUGGAGGUGCCAGGCUGGGAGAAGCUGGCUUAGUGCAACCACCUUCACCUGCAGUAAUAGUUCUCCCCACACCUGAAUGAGUCUAACCUUAGGCCAAAAUCCUGGUCUUUUUAUCUUGCCUUUUUUACUUUAAAAUAUGAUGGUCCCCCAGUGGAUGACAUUCUUGCUAAAGAGUGUACUGUGGAGAGCAGAAUGUAGUUCAAAAGCCUGGAACCCAUGGCCUAGGCAUUGCCUGAAUGGUGUUCUGGCUUAUUUUAUUUUAAUAUUUAUUUUUCCUGGGUCAGGCUCAUAGCAUUACAGUCUAAGAAGAGUCUGACCAUUUCCAACACAAAGGUGGUGGACUCCUUCUAAGGUUUCUUCUAGCACUGCAAUUUUCUACACUCAGCUCAGUUUUGCUGUUGGGGAAAAGGCCCUUUACUGAGAAUCUUGGGCUCCUUAGGCCUUCAUUGUGCCAACACAUCAGCUUUUACUGCAAUUUAUUUCAAAGACAAAGCCAUGUUAAUCUGGAAAAUCAGUACACAAAGGGAUCUUGCAGUACCUUUGAGACUAACUGAAACAUAGAAGUUGGCGGCAUGAGCUUCCGUAGACUUGAGCCUACUUCCUGUGAUGCAUAAAUCUGAAGAAGUCAGCUCAAGUCUAUGUAUGCUACCAACUUCCAUCUUUCAGUUAGUCUCAAAGGUGCUGCAAGAUCCCUUUCCAUACACAAUUUAUUUGUUUACACUUUAAGGUGCCCUAAGACUCUGAUGAUAUUUUUGCUGAGACUAACAUGGCUGCCUCUCUGGAUCAAGAAUGUUGUGAUAUGUUGCACAUCUGCUUCUUUUUUUCUGCUGUGAAUACUCUGAUAUAUGAUGUAUAUCAGCUACAUGAUCUGGUGGAGAAUGAUUUCCACUUGCGAAGUAGCCCUUAGUACAUUCAGAAGCAGUAGAUGGGAGCCUUGGAAGCACAUAAGCACAAUGUUGUACAUGUUUCCUCAGAAGCAUGCCCCAUUGCAUUUAGUGAGGCUUUCUUCCAAGUAAACAUGUAUAUAGAAUUGGAGCCUUAAUGGCCAUGAGUAUUGAAAGUGGCAUAUUGCCCCGUGGAGCCAGUGGGAUUGUGACUUGUGUCUUACAAGAAGCUCAGUGGCCUAUUUACUGUGGUUUUCUCCUGCUUUAAAUUUUGCAAGCUGCUCCCUUCUGCUCAGGUGUGUCCAGGCACUGAAGUCACAAGCUCAGAAACAGCAGAUGUUUUGCAAAUAGAAGAGUAGGAUAGAGACCUCUGAGGAAUGUCUCAGAGGUCUCUAUCAUACCUCUGAGACAGAGAGUGAAGGGCCACAAACCUUUGAAGGAAGAUACAAGAUCUCCCCCCACUUGUAUUAAUUCAAAUAAAUAGCAACAAUAUGUGCCCUUAGAGGGAUUUCUGGUAUAUAUAUAUUUUGACAGGAUGCAUGGCUAAACUGCUAGUCAGACAUAUUGAACAUGUAUAGACAAAGGUGUGCUAUUUUUGAAUGAUCACAGUCUUGGAAAAAAGGAAACAAGAAUGGGCAAAAAUGGCUUUAAUGUUUGGACGGUCAGGCUAUAGCCUUAUGUAUGGUUGUCGCCAAAUGUCAGACUCAAUGAAUAGGUUUAAAUUUAAAAUUGUGAACAUGCUCUAAUGUUGUCUAUAUCUAAUUCAGCCAUGUAAGCUAUGUCUGUAUUCAAAAGUUCUGUAUAUUUUUUAAGAAAAAUAUUUUUAAGGUGACAAAAAAUACAUUGAAAGAUU